AUGCAAAGGACAGCAGACAACGGACAGUGGUACUGGAAUGAUGAUCGUGUGGAGUACUAUGGGGACAGCGUGAACGACUGCACCCUGAGAAUCACAGACCUGAGAGAGAGUGACUCAGCUGAGUACUGGUUUACAUUUAGGACUCAGAUCAUACAAGGUCAUGUCUUUCAAAGUGUGAGAAGUGAGAGCUAUUCUGGCAGUCCUGGAGUCAGGCUGUCCGUCACAGGCCUGGAGGCAAAAUUUCAAACUAUAGUGACAGAGGGACAGCCUGUGACACUGACCUGUAGCACCACCUGUACUCUGACUGACAACCCCAACCCCACCUACAUCUGGAAGAAGAACAGACAACGUCUCACAAACCCAAAGACCAAAAAUGGCCCAAAGAGAGUGUCAGUAUCAGUCAGUCCCUCUGGUAAAAUAGUGGAGGGCAGUUCAGUGACUCUGACCUGCAGCAGUGAUGCCAACCCACCUGUGGACAAAUACACCUGGUACAAGAAGAACGUAACCUCACCAAAAGCAUCAGGACAGAGUUACAGCAUCACUAACAUCAGCUCUGAGGACAGUGGAGAAUGCUACUGUGAGGCUGAGAAUACAAUUGGAGCCCAGAUAUCUACACCUCAAUUGAUCAUUGUAGCCGAGAAACAAGCUUCUGUGAAGAAUGCAUCUAUAGGAAUCAUAGUGGUUGUGCUGGUUCUCAUCCUCUGUCUCUCUGUCCUUAUGUGGUUCAGGAAGGCCUCCAAAUCCACCUCCGACACAAGAGACAGAAGAGACACAGUAGACACAGUAGACAAUGGACAGCAAGACUCUAGUCCCGUGUAUGACAACAUCUCAGGCAUGACCCAUACUGCAGCACCGACAGUGGACACAGACAACCAGGAUAACGUUCAAUACGCCAGCAUUCAACACAGAAACCAGGAAGUGCCUGAAUACUCCACUGCCCAACCGUCUCAACCCCAGAAACAGGAGGAGGAUGUCCAGUACGCUGCUGUGAAAUUUAACCACACCAGUGCUGUUGACAUGCCAGUAGAGACCACUGGUACAGUACACUGGAAACACCAGGUUUUAGUGUAGCUGGUGAGACAUGCAAAAGUAAAGAGAAAUAAGCCAAUUGUUAUGGACAAAUUGUAGGGAUAUUUUCCAACUAUUCUUCUUGUAUAGUAUGUUUGCUCCAAAAAUGCAUUUCUUGUAGAACUUCACUGACGUUUUGGUAGUUAGAAAGAGGCCUCAUGAAGACAGGACGUCAGCUCUGCAUCCCAAUUUUAGUCCCUUAGUACUUCUAGUUGGUGUCAACCACAGACAUCACAUUAUUAUUAUUUCGCACUGUCAGUAGGUCCCCUUCCACACCUGGUGACAUUAAUUUGCUACAUCACUACACCCUAGUUACACCUCCACACCUGGUGACAUUCAUUUACUACAUUACUACACCCUGGUUACACCUCCACACCUGGUGACAUUCAUUUACUA